AUGAAAGUUUACCCAUUUAUGUUUAAAAUGGCUUCUAGGAUCAGCAGACAGUUUUUUCGUAACGCUUUCUUUCGUGUAUAUCGAUAUAAACAUGCGUUUAGCGUUGGUCAAAUACCAAAGAGUAAAUUUAUAUCGAAGUACAAUUUAAAACUUGUAAUUUUUCACAUUUCAUCAGUGCUUCGGCAUUUCACAACCAAGUUCAGAGGACAACACGUGCGCGUGCUCGGUACAGGUACCCUUCUUUGCGCCGUUGCUCUCUGCUACAGCGGACCAAAUAACAAUGCUGCUCAGCUGCUCUCUAGUGCAAGGAAGAAAGACUAUGCAGAAGUGGAAAGACUUCUAAAACGCGGAGUAGAUGUGAACUCUCGACACCAGUUGGGAUGGACAGCCCUGCAUGUGGCUGCGAUAAAUCGUGACUCCAGACUCGUGGAGCUGCUAUUGAAAUUCGGAGCUGAUCCAAACCUCAGAGAUGAAUAUUCCACCUACUAUUUACUCGCCAGAGAACAUAGAUUUGAUCCAAUGAGUGUGAUGAUGGUUAGAGAGGAGGAGUUUAACGAGAGAUUGAGUCAGAGGGCCAAUUUCAAGGACUGCACACCUUUACAUUAUGCCGUCCUCAUGGAGGAUUUCACCAUCGUCAAAUUGUUGCUAGAUGCAGGAGCAGAUCCCACGCUUGAAAAUGUGAAUGGCCACAAACCGAUAGACUACACCAAAAACCAAUCACUAAAAGCCCUGUUAUCUAAAGCAGAAACCAAGUUUUUAGAGCUGAAAGAGAAAAGAGCAGCAGAUGAGAGGAGAAAAUUCCCACUGGAGCAGAGGCUGAGAGAACACAUUAUAGGACAGGACGGAGCCAUCAAUAUAGUGGCUGCUGCAAUACGGCGCAAGGAAAAUGGCUGGUAUGAUGAGGACCAUCCCCUCGUCUUUCUUUUUCUGGGAUCCUCCGGAAUUGGUAAAACAGAAUUAGCUAAACAAGUUGCCAAAUAUCUUCAUAAAGACCUCAAAAAAGGAUUUAUAAGGAUCGAUAUGUCUGAGUACCAAGAAAAGCACGAGGUGGCAAAAUUUAUUGGUUCCCCUCCGGGAUAUGUCGGCCAUGAGGAAGGGGGACAAUUGACGAAGAAAUUGACGGAAUGCCCUCAGGCAGUGGUUCUCUUUGAUGAAGUGGAAAAGGCUCACCCAGAUGUUCUGACCAUCAUGUUACAGCUGUUUGACGAGGGUCGUCUGACAGAUGGUAAAGGUAAAACGAUUGAAUGUAAAGAUGCCAUCUUCAUCAUGACCUCUAACCUUGCCAGUGAGGUCAUUGCUAGUCAUGCGUUACAGCUGAGAGCGGAGGCAUCCGAGUAUGAUAAGCACAAAGAUGUACAGAACCUUGAGGAUUUGGAAACUGCAGAGAAAAUCACUAUAUCCAGAAAGUUUAAAGAUAAUGUAGUUCGACCAAUCCUAAAGAUGGCAUUUAAGCGUGAUGAAUUUUUGGGGAGAAUCAAUGAGUUUGUGUAUUUCUUGCCAUUUUCACGGUCGGAAUUAAGUAAAUUGGUGACGAAAGAGCUUCAACACUGGACUGAUCAGGCUGAAAAGAAACACGACAUCAAGUUGGUGUGGGAUCACAAUGUGGUAGACGUGCUGGCCGACGGAUAUGACGUUCACUAUGGAGCACGCUCAAUCAAAUACGAGGUUGAGAGGCGAGUUGUGACUCAGUUAGCAAUGGCACACGAGAGACAACUGAUACAGAAGGGCUGCGUGAUUCGACUGUCAGCUACCAAUGCAGAAGAUCUCACAAAAACUGACAAAUGCACUGUGGACCCGCCCACCAUCAAACUACAGCUGUUGCAGAAAGGCAAGGGAGAUAAAUAUAUAGACAUUGACCUUAAAGGAGGAGACAAUCCAUUCACAGAGGAAAUGAAAUGAUGAUGUGAUACUGGGGCAUUUCUACCAAGUUGUAUGUAAAGCAUUGUAUUGCUUGGUUGUGGUAUUCUUUUUUUGUUAAAAGUGUGUAUAUUUGGUUCUUUAUACACCCCAUGUACUCCAUGCUGAAUUUAUCUGUUGAGUAGCUUAAGAAAUAUUCUGUUGAAUGAGAUUUAAUUUUAUUAUGUGAUUAAAGGUAUUAUAAGAUAGGCAUUACAAAAUAUACUGGUAAUUACAUUCAAGUACAUGUAUGUAUCAAAAUCUAAAAGAUCAGUUGCUUCCUGACUAAGAAUUCACUUCAUUUAAGGUCAUAUGUGACAUUUCUGCCAUUAUUGCUUAAACUAUUUUUCAUCUCCUUGAUAUGAAGAGUUUUUGUAGGAUUUCCAAAAUAGGUUUUUAUUCUAUAUAUUUACAUUUACUGAAUGUAUUGUGCUUCAUUUUUAUUGAAAUCCAUUGCUAGUCAUUUGUUGCUAUAAAUACACAGUCUGUUUCAAUCUAAUUGGAUCCGGUUUUCUGUGCUGCCUGUCCGCAUGUGGAAAUGCACAAUCCACAAACUCCGCGACCUAUUUCGCAGCAUUAUUGAAAUUGUUGGAAAAUAUGUUUUUUGGUGUAUUCUUUACCUUUUAUUUGAAUUUAGAAAAAUAAAUAAUGCUUAUCUAUAUC